AUGCCCCGCUUUAAUCGACGGGAGCAGCUCCCGCUCCAUAUCAAGCGCACUAUUUGCGCGCACCACGUCGAUAACCACCGCCUACGUCAUGUUGACAUGGCGAGGUGGUGUUACUCGCAGUACGGAUUGCGCCCAGAUCGCUCCACUGUCGGCCGCAUAUUGAAGAGCGCCGUGCGAUGGGCUGUCACGGCAACCGGCGACAACCAAGUGCGCCGUCGAGGUGGCGCAUGGCCUGAGCUGGAGCAGGCCAUGGCGCGGUGGAUCGCAAACGCAGGGCCCACUAGUGUGCCUCUGACGCUACAGACCAUUCGCGACCAUGUCGCGACGAUGGCACGGAACAUGGGCAUUCCGCCCACAUUCCGCUGCUCCGUCGACUGGGUGCGCCGUGCUUUGCGGCGCCAGGGAGUGAGGUGCCGUGCAGCACAAGGCGAGGCGGCUAGCGCGGACAUGGCCGCCGUGCGCCACGCACGUGAGAAGCUGCCGCAACUCCUCACGCAUCUCGAUGUCACCCCGCGGGGCACUUUCAACCUCGAUGAGACGGCGCUCUGGCUGUCCGUCCUCCCUCGGCGCACUUACAGCAACAGCCGCAUUCCCGGCCGCAACGUAUCGAAGGAGCGGCUCACCGUCGCAUUGCUCGUCAAUGCUGACGGGAGCCUCGUAUUCCGACCGCUCGUGAUCAGUAAGGCGAAGCGGCCGCAUGAUUUCCGCCCGGAUUAUGACCCUGAAUCCCUUUGCUACUGGCGGCACAACGCGAAAGGCUGGAUGACCUCGCCGUUAUUCACACAUUUCAUAUCGCAGCUCAAUGAUGCGAUGUACGCCGAAGGUCGCAAGAUCGUGGUGCUGCUCGACAACGGGAGCAGCCACAUGCUCCGCUCUGAGCUCGCAUUGAGCGAGAUCGUCUGCGGGAUGCAGACGACCUGCAUGAGCAACGUGCGGCUCGUCUUCCUGUCGCCGAAUACCGCCGCAUUCACACAGCCGAUCGAUCAGGGCAUCAUAGCCACCGUAAAGGCCCGCUACCGACAGCAUUGGCUGCGGGCCUUCUCAGCCUUGUGGAAUGGCUACGGCGCGACUUCCGCCGUCGCGCGUUUCCGCCUGAACUUGCGCGAUGUCCUCGCGUGGCUGUCGGACGCGUGGACCUCCGUCGACGCGCGCACCAUUCAACGGUGCUGGUGGCGCACGGGGUGUCUGCCGCUCUCGUGGUCCCUUGAGCUGACGCAUGUACACGACGACGAGCCCACCCCCGCCGUCUACCCCGACAUCGAGCCCGACGACGACGUCGACGAUAUCGGGACGCUCAUUAGCUGGCUCGCCCUCGGGAAUGCGGCGAUGACGACCGCAGAGUACGUCGCCAUCGACGACGGCGAGCCGACGUGCGCCGAGGGCGCUGCGAGACAGCCCAUGAUUGAGCCGGAGGAGGGCGUGCUCUGGCAGGCGCCGACGACCAUGCAAGCCGUCUACGACGACGCCGACCCCGUGGGCCGCGAAGCGCGGCGCACUGCCCGGGCGGCAUGCGAGACGCUCAUCGGAUAUGGACGGGCCACCCGCAUCACGCCGCGCGAUCUGUGCCAUCUGUUCGAUAUCCGCAACCCCAUCAUAAUCGUGCGGAUGGAGCGGGCGAGCCCGUCGUUCAACCUCAACGUGGCGCCUCAGCCCGUACCCUCCCCGGGCGCAACUCCCACGCCUAAGACCCCUCGUCCGCGCGGCCAUGUGCUGCCCGGCUGGAUGACCCGUCCGUCUCGCCGUCAGGAGCUGCUUGACGCCGGUGUGGGCGCCGUGAUGGAUGGGUAUGUGGACGCGACUGAGUGGAUGCGUCUGGGCCAGGUGGAGGAUGUUGAUUGGAAGGUGAGCGCAGCCGAGCUCCGCUUCGUGCUGCGCCGCUUCCCCCUCAUCCGCACGCUGCGCAUCCGCUUCUUCGGCCCCACCGUGCUUCCGGGGGCUCCGCGGGAGCAGCGCGCGGAGGACCGCCAUCACAAGCGCCCGGGCGGGGGGAGAUUGCGGGCGGGGGGAGUAACAGGGGCUGGGGACGGCGGAACAGAAGCAGCGGGAGGCGGCACAAGGGCAGGGGGAGGCGGAACAGGGGCCGCUACUACUAGGGGAGGAGAAACGCCGCACCAACCUCAAGCUGCCGCGGUGGCGGCCUCCGCUCCGCCUGCCCCCUCUUCUCCGCCUGCCCCCGUCCCCGCGUUUCCUAUCAGCGACGCGGAUGUUCUCGACGGGUCAGCCAUCGUGCGGCUUCUCUCGCUCAACACGCCCCUGCAGAUUCAGCAGGUUGCCGGCACGCAGGUGGAAUACCUCUCCAUCUGUAACUGCGGCGAGUUCGAGGUUCACCAGGGAUUGAGAACGUACAUGUGCGACACGAUCACCGCGUGGGGGCGCAGUAUUAGGCACAUCGAGAUGCACGACCCGAUGCCUUCCGCGGACGAGUUCUGGAAGUGCGUGGAAGGGCACCCGAUGCUUAGCAAAGUGACGGUGUAUAAUUGCACGCACUUAACGGACGGGUUUCUGCGCCACGUGGCCAAGUGCGACGCGUUGAAGGAGCUGUCGAUCGCCAGCUGUCCGAACGUGAGUGGUGGCGGGUUUGCUGAGCUGGCGGUGACGUGUCCCGGAUUGGAGGGGAUGGUUCUGGAAGAUCUGAGUCUGUCCGUGGUGGCCAAGAAAGCGCGCAGUACGCCUGGCGGAGGGCGAGUGGGCGGGGGAGGGGCGGGGGAAGGGGCAGGGGGAAGGGAAGGGGAAGGGAGAGCGGAAGGGAGGGUGGGGUUGGAUGGGAUAGCAGCGGAAGGGGAAGCGGAGUGGAUCCGGGGAGGGGAGGGAGAAAGGGUUGGGGGAGGGGCAGGGGAAGAUGUGCGGAUGGGCGAGGGGGGAGGAGAGGCGGAGAGAGGGGUUGGCGGCAUGGAGGGUGGUGAUGGGCUAGAGGGGGCCAGGGCGGCUGAGGGUGCAGGGCGGCCGGAUGGGUUGGAUGGAACGGUGAGCGUGAGUGGAGAGGCAGAGACAGCAGAAGUGCAAGCAGCAGCAGAGGGGACAGUAGCAGCAACAGCAGCAGCAGGGCGGGGUGGCAAUCUAGCUGCCUCCUUCCCCAACCUCUCCUCCUUGAAAAUCAUCAACUGCACGCUCGAUGCCCAUUGGCUGGAAAUGUUUGCCGGGCAGCUGCCCGCCCUGCGCAGGCUGACCGUCAUGGCCUGCCCGGACCCACUUGACCGGUUUUUUCUGACCGCUGCCCGAACAGCUGCCCGGCUGGAGAGUGUUGAGAUUGUUGACUGCGAGGGCGUGAGUGACCGUGGCAUUGUGGCUCUCCUGAAAGGCUGCCCGACCAUUAACUCUCUGACACUGAGUGGGUGCGAGGGCGGGAGGGGAGGCGGAGGAGAGGGAGGAGGAACAGAAGGGAGGCGAGAAGGAAGAGGAGGAGAAGGGAGAGGAAGGAGAGGAGAAGGAGGUGAGGGGAAUGCGGCGAGCGUGACAGAUGAGAGUUUGCGGGCAGUGGUGGUGCAUGGAGUGGGGCUGCGAUCGCUGCAGCUCAAAUGGAGUCCCGGCUUCUCUGGCCUGCAGCUUGCCAGAGACGUGCUGGGCUGCUCUCUGUCUCUCUUGUCUCCACCUGCUUCUCGGGCGGCAUCUUUUGUUCCAAUUUCGACAGCGGGACCUGGUGCUCCUGUGUUGCUGCCGCCCCGUGGUGUGGAUCCCCAUGGGUUGCAGUCAGAUGUGCUACAAACGCAUGUGCUGCAGUUACAUGCAUCACACACUUUGCAGUCACACCGGCUACAGUCACACGUGCUGCCGCUGUUGCAGCUGGGGUGGAGUGGACUGGAGUUUCUCCACCUGGAGGGGUUGGAUGGGCUCUCCGAUUCCUUCCUGCUGCUCGCUGCUGCCACCUGCCCCCACCUCUCCACACUCGCCGUGGAAUAUUGCAGGGAAAUUUCAGAGGCAGGGCUCAUCCCUCUAGUCCAAUCCUGCCACCGCCUGCAGCACAUGUGCUUCUCUGGCUUCCGUGCCACCCACCUCUCCGACCUUCUCCUUCACACCAUCGCCUCGCACUGCCCGCUGCUCUCCACUCUCUCCCUCCGCGCCUGUAACGGGGUUACCACACACGGCGUCGUGCGCGUGCUGCAGGGGUGCGGGCGAAUCGAGAGGUGCCAGCUGGCGCGGUGUCAGGAGGUGGACGAGGAGUGGGUGGUGAGAGUUGCGAGGGAGGUUGGGGAGGUGCGGGCUAGAGGAGCAGGAGGGAGCAGUAGAGGUGCGGGGGAAAUGCCCGUGAUUGAGAUAUCCUGA